AUGGCUGAAAAUACUGGCAAAUCAAGCAUGCUUGGCCACCCAAGCACCAUUCUGAGGCUGUGUAAUAGAGCGGGAGUACUCUUUGAGGAUGCAGAUAUAGAUCGGGUAACAGGAGGCAGAGGAAUCACCAAGCAAAAAAUGGAUGGUGUCCCUGAACCCGAAGAGGAUAGAAGAGCUCAAGGAAGAAGGAGGAGACCACAAGUGGAGGAGGAACAAGCUUCUGGUGCAAUGGACUUAAGCCAAAUGCAAAGAACCAUUGAGGAAAUGUCUCAACAAUACAUGAGAGCACAGGAGCAACAACAGGAGCAAUACUUGAGGCAACAAGAGCAGUACUUGAAAGCCCAAGAGCAACAAGAGCAUUGGCAGCAACAAAUGAUGGAGAAGCAAGAAAACUUCCAGCUCAAAAUGUUGGAUCAACAGAGAGAGUUUCAAGCAAAAAUUCUUGAGGGGCAAAGGGAACAAUCAGCAAACUUUCAAGAAUCAUUUAAUAGAUUAUCCCUAUGA